GAUGAUGGAGGUGGAAGUGGGACAUCACAGCGUGUUGUUGACGCGCUGCGAGGGCAGGUACAGCGCCAUCGGUAACCAGUGUACACACUACGGUGCUCCGCUCAGCAAAGGGGUUAUCUCAGGCCACAGAGUACGCUGCCCGUGGCAUGGCUCCUGUUUUAACGUCCAUACAGGAGAUUUGGAGGAGUGUCCUGGCAUGGACUGUUUACCCUGCCACAAGGUCAAAAUUCAAAACAACAAAGUGUAUGUGUCAGUAAACAAGAAGACUCUCAAGCAGGAAAAACGAUUGAAGAGUAUGGGAGCUGCAGUACCAGGAGUCACUCACACUGUUCUGCUGCUGGGAGGAGGCGCUGCGUCUCUGAUCUGUGCUGAAACUCUAAGGCAGGAAUACUUUGGCGGCAGAAUAAUCAUGGUCACCAAAGACGACCUUUUACCCUACGACAAAACCAGACUCAGCAAGGUGAUGAAUGUGGAGAGUGACAGUAUUCUUCUGAGGAGGAUGGAGUUUUUCCAUCAGUACGACAUCGAGGUGUGGCUCAGGAAAGAAGCGCUGUCAGUGGACACAGACAAGAAGACGGUCACAUUUGACGAUGGUUCAGUCCAGAACUACGACCAGCUCUUCAUCUCAACGGGCUGCAGAGCAAAGGGUCUGAAUGUGCCUGGCAUCAAGCUGGAGAAUGUCAAGAUGCUGGAGACGCCAGAGGACGCCCGACAAAUCCACACAGUCUGUCUGGGCUGCAACGUGGUCCUCGUGGGAACCUCGUUUGUCGGUAUGGAAGUUGCUUCUUAUCUAAUUGACAAAGCCUCCAGUGUCACAGUGAUCGGCAGCAGCGAGCUGCCGUACCAGAACACACUGGGUCCGGAAAUCGGCAAAGUCACCAUGAUGAUGCUGUCGGAGCAGAACGUGAAAUUCUACAUGAACGAUAAUGUGACUGAGGUCAGAGGUGUCGACGGCAAGGUGAAGGAGGUCCUGCUUAAAAGUGGAAAAGUUAUUGCGGCCGAUGUUCUGAUCGUUGGCAUCGGCGUCGUCCCCAACUCGGAGCUCCUGAGAGGCAGUCACGUCCAGAUGGACGCGAAACACUUUGUACCAGUCGACAAAUACACGCGCACCAACGUACCGGAUGUGUUCUGUGGGGGCGACCUCGCCACCUUCCCCCUGGCAAUGGCCGAAAACCGAAUGGUGAACAUCGGACACUGGCAGAUGGCCCAAGCCCACGGAAGAAUAGCAGCUCUGAACAUGAUGAAUAAACCGACUGAACUCAACACAGUUCCUUUCUACUGGACUGUCCUACUGGGUAAAACAAUCCGAUAUGCAGGUUAUGGGGAGGGAUACACUGAGCUUGUGGUGAAAGGGAAGUUUGAGGACAUGAAGUUCCUGGCAUUGUACAUCAAGGACGAUGAAGUUAUCGCCGUAGCGAGUCUCAACUAUGACCCAGCAGCGUCGGCGGUGGCUGAGAGGUUCGCAUCCGGAAAAGUCAUCACGAAGAAAGAGGCUCAGUCAGACGACCUGAGCUGGCUGCAGCUGUCCUGAUCUUCAUCUCUCUCCUCAUCUUCUCAACAAUGUCGGCGUGAAGCCUACGUCCUUCAUCUGUGUCUUCAUCGUCACUGCUCCCGCUGAGGACGGAGAGGGAGGACGUUAUGAAAACGUUUGAUGUCGAUUUAGUUUCCUGCUCUGUGUGUUGCUGCAGGUUGUGUGGAUUUCACCUGUGCGUCAAACCGUCAGUGUUCAAGUGAGCGGACCUCACCGUGCACACAACAGAUACCUCAGAUAGUUGCAGAUAUUUUUAGGACUUACGAUUUGUUUUAUUAAUAUUUUGUAUAAUUUUCUUUAUAGUUUAAUCUUAUUUUUAAUUCAUGGAUGUAUGUUUCCAGAGAGUUUUCAGUGACCACACAUUUGAUUUGGGCUGCUGGGAAAACACAAGUGACCUUGAUGCCCAC